UUUUGCGACACACUCGCAGUUCUCAUCCGAAUACACAAUUGGGGCAGAUUCCCAUCGUUCCCCCUGUCCUUCAUCAGCAAUGGACGAGCAGGCUGAAGACAUCAACCUCGAUGGCUGGGAUAUCGGAAUACCCCUCGUCGCAGACGACGGCAACGACAGCGGCUUCAGGUUCCCCAUCAGGAACAAAAAGGGCGAGAACGAGCGGCUGACGGCCUCGGGUUGGGGCCGAGACCCCAGCAUCACGGCAGUGCGCGGGCGGCUCUACCAUGUGGUGCACGGCUAUCUCGAGGACGGCGAGGGCACGCCGGCGACGCUCGUCGUCUUCGAAUGGCUGCUGGUGCCGGGGAAGUUGGGCAAGCGCUUCCGCGAGGCCACCAUCAAGGUCAUCUUCGCCGCGACAGACCAGCGGCCGGGCAUGCAGGCGACCGAGAGCCUGGCCGACUACGGGCCGGGCAUCGAGGGCAUGGCGCCCUCGCUCCCGCAGCAGUCGGACCCCAUCACCUACACGGUCACGCAGAAGCGCGUCCUCAAGCUGGGCGGCAGUUUCGGCUACGCCCCCUACGCCUCCGUCUCGCCCGAGGUCUCGACCGAGACCGCCAAGGACGGCAUCCAGCGCGUCGACUUCCGCCUGACGGCCGGCUACCCCUACUUCGCCGGCAAGACCACGGGCGACCGCAACGCCGCGUACUGGGCGCUGCACGAGAACGCGGUCAAGAAGAGCGGGCUGCCGCACAUUGUGCGCACCGCCGUGCUGCUGGCGCGGCCCGAGGGCGACUUUGGCCGCUUCGCCGCCACCUUUGACACGGUAACCGACGUCUCGGUCUUCUCCAACCUGGCCGAGGGAUUCCGAAGGGCCGUCGGCGAAGUCGGCGACGAGCCCGUCUACUUCGACCCCACGCCCAACCCGGAGGUGCCGCAUGGGGCUGCCGUGCUGUACGGCAAGAAGAUCAACCUCGGCAAGAAGACAAGUCCGUUUGACAUGAACAAUCUGGGUGCCGUGAACCUGGACAAGCAGCUUCUCGUCCAAGAGAGUGCGGACCCGGGCUUGCACGAGGCGGAGGCGACGGAACCUCGGUAGCGCCUAUACCCGUUGGAGCAGACCGUAGAGCACAGUCGGGCGAGGAGGGCGCUGACGACUCGACGGCGAUAUGGCACCUGCGGCAAAACCGGACACAAUGCGCGCAUCUGUCAAGUAGAAGAAUAAACGUCUGAUGUAUACAGUUCCAAGUAGCUUGAAUGGAUUCCUGGCGCUGUUGGGUUGGCAUGCGCGCCGAUUGUUAAAAAUGAG